AAAUAUUGAUAAAGCAAAUGGAGAGGUUAAGACAGCUUUUGCAGGGAUCUGGAGGUCUUGGAAUUGGAUCAGGAAUACAGAAUGGAGAUUUAGCACAAAUUGAUAACUCAGAAACUGUAUAUAUUUCAUCAUUGGCUCUUUUAAAGAUGCUGAAACAUGGACGUGCUGGAGUCCCUAUGGAAGUGAUGGGAUUGAUGCUUGGUGAAUUUGUGGAUGAAUAUACAAUUCAUGUAGUGGAUGUAUUCGCUAUGCCUCAAUCUGGAACAGGAGUAUCAGUCGAAGCAGUAGAUCCAGUUUUUCAACAAAAAAUGAUGGAAAUGCUUAAACAAACAGGUCGUCCAAAUAAUGUAGUAGGCUGGUAUCAUUCACAUCCAGGAUUUGGUUGUUGGUUAUCAUCAGUUGAUAUUAAUACGCAACAAUCCUUUGAACAACUUACAUCUCGUGCAGUGGCAGUAGUUGUAGACCCUAUUCAAUCUGUUAAGGGGAAGGUUGUUAUUGACGCAUUUCGAUUAAUAAAUCCAUCAAUGCUUAUGAUGGGUCAAGAGCCUAGACAGACAACUAGCAAUAUUGGAUAUCUUAACAAACCUUCUAUACAAUCUUUGAUCCAUGGUGUUAAUAGACAUUAUUAUUCUAUUGCUAUUAAUUAUAGAAAAACUGCAUUAGAAGAAACAAUGUUGUUAAAUCUUCAUAAACAAACUUGGUCUAGUGGUCUUAUAUUAGAAGAUUUUGAAAUUCAUGACAAAAAGAAUCAAGAAUCCGUAGAAAGCAUGUUAAAGUUAUCAGAAAAUUAUACAAAAAGAGUAGAAGAAGAGACCAGAAUGACAGCUUCUUCACUUAAAACAAGAUAUAUUGGAAAACAUGAUCCACGUAAACAUUUACAAAAUAAAAUAGAGGCAGUAAUGGCUGAUAAUAUCACUCAAAUGUUAGCAACAACCUAUCACGUUACUGCUAUAUCAAAAAACGAGAAAGAAAUAGGAUCUUAA